GACAACGUAUUUGAUGAUCAUAGACUAGUAAACCUUGUCAGAGGUACACUGGUGGAGCACAGACGACAAUGUAGGGAAUUGUUAGCAUUUUUAAAUGAGCAGAUGGAUACACAAAACACUGACUAGCGUGAUGCAAUCGUAGCAAGGGUAAAAUAAAAUAUCUUGGCAUAGCAUCUAAUCCGUAUUUGAUUAAAACGUGACCCGUGUGAAUGUAGUAUUCUUCGGAACACGAUUGUGUUUCUCAAUAUUGGUUCUAGUGUUCAAGUGCGAUGAAUGACCGGACAAGUAUUCUUGAAAUGUAGCAAGACGAAUAUGAAUUACGAUUCACUUAUAUAAGAAUUAUAAGAAGAAUGGCAUAUUUCACACCCAAAUGAGUGGGUAAGCGUAAGGGUCGACGCAUGUAUUCUCUGUAUAAAGCAUCCUAAGGACAUUUCAUAAUUACAAAAAGAUGUUUGCUUCAUUUCUUCAACGAGGAAUAAGAGCAUUUGAAGUUAUAGAUAGAGUUCCAUUGUUUGUAACACGAAGAAGUAAAUGGGGCCCAGUUGAAAUUACUGAUGUAAUUGACAAGACCUACCAUGAACAGUCUAAGAAGACUGGGAUUCCGUACGUUCCCGGUGACCAACUCAAUGGCCACUCAGAAGAAAUGUGUGAAGCACGCCGAAAGUGGGUAGAAUCAUCAGCUGGGAAAGAACUCCCAUAUUUAAAAGGAUGGUGGAGUCCACAUUCAGACACAACAACCGACGAACUUCACGGCCUAAUAGAGUGCCCCAUCGGAAUGUCUCGGAUUCCCGUAGGAAUGGGUGGUCCCCUACUGUUCAAUGGAACCAAUGUGAAAGAUUAUGUCGUUGCCCCCAUCGCAACAACAGAGGGCGCCAUGGUCGCCUCAGCCACAAGGGGAUCACGUGCUUUUAAUGGGUCAAACGGUGUCGUUACAUGUGUAGUGAAGGAAACAAUCAGCCAGAGCCCUAUGUUUGUGACAUCUAAUGUCAAACAGGCUGAUAUGCUUUCAAAAUGGCUCCAAAGUAAACAGGAGUUCAUCCAGAGGGUGAUCGUGGCCAGGUACUCUGACAAAGUGACAUUAUCAAAGCUGAAGCCGUUCAUCGACUGCGAGACUCUGCACAUGCUUCAUGUAUUUACGACAAGUGAUGAUUGUGUUGUCGACUAUGAUCUAAACAUUCUUACCCAUGCGAUCUCUAAGGACAUCGCCACGUGGGUAGAAGAAACAGUCCCUCUAGAGCUUCCGUAUGUUGAUAUAACAGCAAGUUGGGCAUACAGCGGACUUGUUGGAGAUCGCAAGCCAGUUCAACAUAAUUCCAUGGCAUCAAGGGGAAUAGCUGUGGCUGCGGAGGGAUACAUAUCCAAACAUCAUCUGGCAAAGUACCUAAAAACAAGUGCAGCGAAGCUUUAUGAAACAUGGAUGCUUGCAAGGCGCGCGAAUACUCGAUCAUGCACAAUAGGUACCACUGCAAACGCUUCAAAUUUGGUGACAGCAAUAUUUAUAGCAACGGGGCAAAAUCUUGGGUACAUUUCAGAAUCUUCGGUGUGUUAUACAAGUAUUGAGAAGGAUUCAAAUGGAGGGGUUCAAGUCAAAGUCGAUAUGCCGCAAGUUAUGUUGUCAUUAAAAGGUGGCGCUGUUAAUCUUCCGACACAGCGUGAUUGCCUACGUAUCAUUGCAUGCGAGGGACAAGAUAAAACGCGCAGAUUGGCGGAGAUUAUUGCGGGUUUUACAAUGGCACUGGAGGUCUCACUUAUAUCUGCUGUGUCAGCCGGACAUUUUGCAGAGGCCCAUGACAGGCUAGGGCGUAACCGUCCAAAGGAAUGAUAGUGCGUUUUGAAAAUACAUGUUUUCUAGCGGUAGAUGAUCGAUGUCAACCGAAACAUCGAUUAUAGUCAUAUUGCGAAGAUGCCCAUGUUUGCUAAAUCAUGAUAUGCCGGAGGGGAGGCUAAUGAUGUAUUAUUUAUACUUAUAAAUCAUGUAAUAUUUAAUCAGCAAUAUUGUAAAAACUCAUAUAUAUGUAAUACUACUAGAUCU